GCCCGAGGGUCGGCCAUGGGCCCGGGCGCGUGGCUGCGCUGCCUGGCGCUGGGCUGCCUGGCCGGGCGGUGGGGCGGCCCGGCGGCGGCGCUGGGCGGCGGCGAGUACUGCCACGGCUGGGUGGACGCGCGCGGCGCCUACUCGGCCGGCUUCGCCUGCCCCGAGCGCUUCGACGCGCCCGACGCCGCCAUCUGCUGCGGCUCGUGCGCCCUGCGCUACUGCUGCGCCGACGCCGGCGCCAGACUCGAGCAGGGCGGCUGCACCAACGACCCGGCGCAAGCGGAGCCGCCGGCCGGGAGCGCCCAACCAGUCUAUGUGCCGUUCCUGAUCGUCGGAUCGAUAUUCCUCGCCUUCCUGUUCGUGGGCUCCUUUGUCGCCGUUUAUUGCUGCACGUGUUUAAGGCCGAAGCAAACGCUGCCGCAGCCGAUCCGGUUUUCUCUCCGAAGUUACCAGAUGGAGACUUUGCCCAUGAUCCUGACCUCGACUAGCUUAAGGACUCCAUCGAGACAAUCUAGCUCUGCUGCCAGCUCAAGUUGCACAGCCGGCUCUCUCGGCAGGUUUUCAUUUGCCAGGCCAGAGUCUAUCUGCACAGCGGCACCUUCACCUCCACCUUACACGCCAGGCUGCUUGCAAAUGGGCCACUCCGUCAGCCUCUCUCAGCCCUCUGGGUUUUUGGUGUCAGGACCAUAUUUCUCCUAUCCUCUGGACUCCGAGCCGUCUCUAACUGGGAAGAGCGUUCCGGAAACUUAGCCAGAGCCGAGCGAACGUUCGAAACAGCGCUUUCGCUAAGAAGCACAAUGGACUCCUGUGUUACGUGGUUUUCAUUGUGGUGUUCUCUGCUUACGGAACUGAAAAAAACGUGAAUGGGUGAGUUACCCGUUAGAAAAAGUGUCAAUUAUUGCAGGAAUUUUCGUUUGGUACUAGGACUUGCCGAUCAGAAGGUCGGCGGUUCGAAUCCCCGCGACGGGGUGAGCUCCCGUUGCUCAGUCCCUGCUCCU